AUAUUGUGAACUAAAAAAUAUAAACAGUAAGAAGUCAUUAUGUUUAGAUGUUCCAACCUGGUGGAAUUCGACCUACUUGAUGUUGGAUGCCGCACAACAUUUUGAGAGUGCAUUUGAUUACUUUGAUCUCGAAGAUGGUGGAUUGUCAACUUAUCUUGCUAAUCAUGUUUGUGAAGAUGGAAGUGUUGCAGGUGUACUUGAAAGUGAUGAUUGGCAAAAGGUAAGUAAUAUGGUAAUAUUUCUUAAAAGAUUUUAUGAUCUAACUGAAAAGGUUUCAGGUUCACUCUACGUCACUUCUGCUGGUCACUUUGAAGAUAUAGUUGAGCUUCACAAUCAUUUAAGAGAGUGUAUGGAAGACAAUGAUCCUUCUUUGGCAAAAAUGGGAGAAAAAAUGAAACAAAAGUUUGUCAAGUAUUGGGGUGCUCCUGAAAAAAUGAAUAAAGUGCUUUUUAUUGCCUCUAUCUUAGAUCCUCGUAACAAACUAGAGUAUGUUGGCGACGCACUUGAGGAUAUGUUUGGAGAUGAAAAAGGGAGUGAAAUAAAAGAUGAAAUGGUGACUUACAUGAAAUCUAUGUUUGAAGAGUAUGUAGCAAAAUUCUCUAAUGUAUCUCGACGCCCAUCUACUCUCUCUGAUUUAUCGGGUCAGACAUCAGAUUCAUCUAUCUCUAACACUAGCACAAAAUCAACAAAAGUAAGAAAUAGGAUCCAAAUGAAGAGGAACAAACUAGAUGGUACAGGUUUGGGUAGUAAGUCGGAGUUGGAAAGGUAUCUUAGUGAAGAACUAGAGCCGACUGAUGAUGACGACAAUUUUGAUAUCUUGUCGUGGUGGAAAGUUCAUUCUCCUAGAUAUAAAAUUCUUUCCGAGAUGGCUCGUGAUGUGUUGGCAAUUCCAAUUUCUAGUGUGGCAUCGGAAUGUGCCUUUAGCACCGGAGGCCGUAUUCUUGAUUCAUUUAGGAGUUCUUUGACUCCGAAAUUGGUGCAAGCUGUUAUUUGUCUUCAAGAUUGGCGUCGAAAUGAGUCUUAUCCCAUAAAUGUUGAAGAAGAUUUUAAUGACCUUAUGAAACUUGAACUUGCUAUGGAUGAUAUUGAUUUGCAUUGUUCAAGCUGAAGGUGUGUAGUGUGCUGCUGCUGCAGGUAGUGUUGCAGCUUAUGUUGUUUGUUGUUGUUGUGUGUUGCAGCUGAAUCAUUUUGUUGUUGUUGUUGCAUGUUGUAUGCUGUUGCAGCUUAUUGUUGUUGCUGGUUGAUUGUGUUGCAGCUUAUUGUUGCUGCAGUGCAGCCUGCAGCCUGCAGGUGUUGUAGUUUGUUGUUGCUGCUGGUUGUAGUGUGUGUAAGGAGCUGCUGCAGGUGUUGUUGCUGCUGGUUGUAGUGUAGGGAGCUGCUGAAGAUGUUGAAAAGGAAGUAAGUUGUGAUCUAGUUUGUUGGAAUUGUUGAUGCUGAAGAAGGUGCAACUUGUUGGAGAUAUGUUGCUUCUAAAGAUGUGCUGAAGAAUAGCCAUGUAGUGCUCUAACAACUUCAGAUUGGUUGUUGUUGACUUAAUCUGAAUUUGCUGGUG